ACCCUUAAAAGUCACACUUCUCUUUUUUUUUACUUACAGACUGGCAUGUAAUGGUGAAACAGUCACUCAGUUUCUGCAGCGCCAACACAAUCUAGGAAUCUGAAAUGGCACUUGGUGCUCUAUUUGUGGGUAUUUCGCUUCUGUUCCAGCAUGUUACAGGAUUCACCUAUCUCAUCGCCCGAGGAUCAGAAGAUUGCACCACUCUACAAUGCAAUGUCCCCACUGGUGCUGGGAACGUAGGAACCUUGUGCGAAGUCAGUAUUUCCAAUCAUCAAGCAAAAAUGAACAAAACGUGUAACAAAAAAGCAAAGGAAAUGACUUAUUCUGGAAAUAUCGAUCCUGAGAAGAAUAAUGGGCAAAAGAAGCUGCAGUGUGUAGAAUGCAAAACAAAUGAAGGUGAAAAUAAGUCACUGACAUUUGGUGUGAAGCCAGUUCGCUCGAUGAUAUUUACCUGCGCGUUUCAGGAUUCCACAGAAAAAGGAUCAAAGUGUCCAUCCUGGAAGACACUGACAGAGGAGGGAUGUGAAAACCACGACUUGUUCUUUGUGAUAAACCUGGACGAUUCAAAUGGAACAUUUUUGACUGAUGAAAGCUCCUCGUCACUGACAGUGACAGAGAGAGAGAAUGUGACUUUACCCUGCCAGUUUGAGCUUAGAAAAAACCUACCCUUCACUCUGUUUUGGAUCAUAUCUGGAAAUAACAAGUGUCUGCAUUCUGUUCAUAUUGAGAGUUAUGCAGCACAUUCUAACACACGAUGCUGUGUGGAUAGAGAGUCAUCACAAAGAAUCUCUUACCAAAGCUCAAACAAGUCCACUGAUAAAGAACAGUCUCACAACCUUACUAUUCACUCAGUGAAGGUGAUGGACACUGGGAGGUAUCUCUGUGUUGUACACUGGGCGGAGUCAGAGAAACCUAUCUGGUUGAUUGCAGCAAACAUCUCCCUCAAUGUGACAAGUGCAGAAUCUUCAGAUACCCUCACCUCAACAUCUGGAAUAUCCUCAGUGACCAGCAGUGGAACUCCUAUCAACAGUAAAAAGGUAACAUGGAAUGUAACCUGUAUUAGUGAAUCCUCGAACACUCUUGGCUCAACAUUUGGAAAAUCUGCAGUGGCCAACAGCAUAUCUCCUAAAAAUAGUUUAAGUUCAAACAAUGAAAAUAAUGCUAAGAUCAUAGCCAUAGUGUGUGCAGUUGUGCUAAUUUGCAUUGUUGGGGUAGUUUGCAUAAUCAGAAGAAAACGACAAACGGCCAAAGGAUCCUCAGCAUCAGGACCGAGGGACGGUGAUGUUCAGCUGACACAGGAAGAUGAAUGUCUCCCUUACUCAGUGGUUCCCAGAAGGGAGCAGACGGACGAAAAUGAGCAUGUUGCGUAUGCAGUGACAAGAGUUCCAAAAGCAAUGAGCCAGCCAAAGCCUGGAGAAGGACAAAAGGAUGCCAACUCAAUCUCUGCCUCCACAGAGCAUGUGUACUGUUUGCUUGAAGAAUCAACAGUUAAAGGUGUUACUAGUGAUGGAGACAAAACUGAAAUUCAGGGAGUGAAAUGCAAGGACCACAUGAACCAUGAACGUCAGGUUGAAACCCCUUCAGUUAUUGAACUCAAUGACCUGUCACCGUUGAACGAGAAAGAUCCUGUUGCUCUAUCUAAUGACCCAAUUUACUCUUCGAUCGGCUGCCCUGGGGCAGAGAGUAUCGGAGACACAGUGACACUGCCCCACCUGGAGGAAAAUGACCCAAAACAUUGCCCAAUAAAAAUGGAAGAAAAUCCUAUUUAUUCUAAAAUGGAGGGCACCUGAUCUUAAUCAAGUAUAGGAGAAAGGAGAUGUUUAAAUUCAUAGUGGUACAAGUUUUUAACAAAUAUAUCAACGUUUUACAUUUAUCAUGCUCAGUCCCAGAUAUUGAACAUUUUCCGACUGCAGAUACCUGAAAGGGGUUUGUGGGGAUGUUGUGGGGCAAGUUUGGAGGGGUGGAAUUAGUCAUUGCUGCACUAUUUUUCCUGGUGCAUAAUGAGUGCAAAAGAAGUCCAACUUAGGGGACCAGCCUCCAAUCCCAAAUUAUCAGAAACACAGCUGGCAUCAUAUUACUGCUGUAAAGGGUUGCUGAAACAACCUGAAAUAGUUAACUGAAAUGGGCAUUAGGCCCCUUCAAUAUGUUAAUAGAGGGGCCUAAUGUUUGUUGUAGAGCCUAAACCAAAGAUUAGCUUUCCUCGAAAGUUGUCCUGCCCAUAAGUCUCCUAAGCUCCGUCUCCCCUCCCAUCCUGCAAUUACUUCAGGUCCUCUUGUUCCGUCCUCCUUUGACUGAUGACCUGUCUUUGGGGUUGUGACUGGGACCCAUGGGCUACUACUAGUAAGCAAAUGAAGCUAGGGGUCCAAUUCACCAUCUUCCUGCCACCAGCCUAACUGAGCAAGUGCAGUUUGUGCUACACCCAGAUCCAAUUUCUAGGCUCCAUUGUCAGUAUUGAGCAGACCCCGGACUGGUGCUGAGUGGGUUUGGUGCAGAGCCAAUUUCCUCCACUUAGCACAGGGAAAGGCCCCAGUGAUUCAGUGUGUGACCCUUUGCUUUUCCUGCUUCACCUGAAUGUGUGACCAUUCUGUGCCAGUUUAUAUUGCACCUGUCUGCUCUGUUAGGUGGCCUCAAAAGAUCCUGUGGCACUAUUUUCAAGAGCCAGUAUUUAUUUGGUCAUUAUCAGAUUGCUGCUUGUGGGAGCUUCCUAUGUGAAAAUUGGUCGCUGUGUUUCCUACAUUAUGACAAUGAUUACAUAAUGUCACAAACACAUUCAAACUACUUCAUAUGCUAUAAAGCGAUUUGAGAUGUCCUGAUAUCGUGAACGGCGCUAUAUAAAUGCAAGCCUUCUUUCUAUUCAUCCAUUAAUUUUCAGGGAAGGGAAACCAUACAGAGUACAAGAGUCAACUGCUCCCCCCUCAGGCGCAAGUGUAUUUUCACCAUUUGUAACAUUGAAGCUGUUUGAAAUGCAAGAAUUUGUGCAGCUAACUCGUCUCGACCGUCCUGCAAAUUAUAUAAAACAGCUGGCAGCAGCUCCUUAGCUUUCACAGAUUGUUCUGAAAUUAUGUGGCUAUCAACACAAAACAAGGAGACCGAUUCAUUCUGAGUUUCCAUUCUCACCGACACAAAACGUGAGCCAGGGAUCCCACAUUUUAAGAAGGUAUCGGUUAUAUGUUUGGGGCUGAAAUUGGUCUCGGCCAGUUUUAACUUUGAUUGAAAUGAAACUUUGGCACAGGGUGAAACUGAAUGUCAAUUCCCUGUGCGUUUUACACCACUGACAAAGACCAAUUUCAUGCCCACCCCCACCAUCACCCAGGACUCUAGAACAAUGCAUUGCUGCUGUGUGAUACGCAAAAUGUAAUUUGUAUGAUUGGAUGUCAUUCAAUAAACAUUGUUUUUAAAUUAUAA